UACAAUGAUCUGGAAGCUAUUUUGAACAAAUGUUCAAUGGAUUGGAUUCUCCUUAACUUGGAAUUUCUUCAACAAGCGAUUUCUAAGGCUAAGGAAGAAGAAAUUAAGUUGGAAGCAGAACUGAUUAAUACCUCUCAAGGAUUGGAUUUAACUAUGGUUAAGGGCAAAAUUAAUCUGAAUGUGGAUAAACUCAAAAAAGAAAUUGAGGAGCGGAAGCGUAAUAAAUUCCAGAGAGAUCGAACGGAUUACGAGAUGGGAAAUGUAUACCGGUGGCAUAAUCGUGACAGAGUGAAAAACUAUCCCUUUAAGAAGAAAGAGGUCACAACAAGGAAAAAGGCACGUAAAAUGAAACACCGUGUGGGUGGUGACUCAUCUAAUACCGAGAUGGAAAAUUCCCAAGAUAGCUCUCUUUCUUUUUUAGAAAGAACCCCUACCUCCUCACGAAUAACUUCAAGCGAAGAAGGAUGCGACGAGGUGGGGGCAGUCACAAGAAAUCGCACGCUGCCAGCCAUCUGGGACCACAAAAAAAUGGGUCAGAAGAGAAAGAAACUACAGUAA